AUGGCGAAUGUGAACGAAGACGAAGAUAUAUUUGAAAUUGUGGACUAUACAACGGCAUCGGAUUGGGAACGAUUCAUUGCUAGAAUAGAAGAAAUACUAUCAGAAUGGAAGUUGAAUGGCCCUGAAAUGUCCAAUAAUGAGAUUGAUUUUGCGGAUGGGAAAUGGAAUGAACGUGAUGAAACACUGGAGUUCGGUGAAUAUUCGUAUGUUCUCACUCACUUUUCUUUACAAAUUCAAGAAGCAGUCACGGUACCACCGACUGAGAGCAAUCCUCAAAUGACAAGUUCAACUUCAUUCGAAAAACAAACAUUCAUUCCACCGCGAGCCAUGGCCGAUAUGAUGUCCAGACGAAAUGAUUUUCCAUCACGAUCACCGUAUCUAUCUCAUUGGUAUGGUCUUCGAGAAUUUUUAAUACUGUCACCAAAACGGAAUAAUGAUGCCAUAACCCAUGAAGAUCGUGCUAAUCUUUUACUCAGUUCUGCAGCUAUUGCUGUUUCUAACGUUGGAUGUAAUGUUCCGAUAUUCAUUCGCGUUCAACAUGAAUGGAGAAAUAUGUUCAUUGGUCUUUGUGAAGGUUCAGGUCUUCGAACACAUUUCAAUAUCUGCCACUUAAAAAAUGCUCCUUAUCAGCAUCGACAUUUGUCUGGUCUCUUAGAAAUAUUCAAAUCGAAACUGGGUUCGAAUAUUUCCAAUGAUACUGUUGUGAUGGUUGCUGUUCGAUUUACGUAUGUGUUGAAAGAAUUUGAGUCUACAAUAAGCCGACAAAUUUUACCACGUGAUGAAUCAGGCAUGCCAGUAUUAACUGAGCUUCCAUUUGGAUCUUUGUAUGACCCCGUUAGUGGUCUUCAUCUUUCGUGUACAUGGCCGUUGUUUUCUGAAGAGCUCGUCACGGAAAACGAUGAUUGCAAUGAUUUCGAUCCACUCCUAUCUCAACAAUGGGCAAUUGGUGUUACUCUAUUGGACGAUUUACCGGUUUUACUUGGUGAAACCGUUCAAGAAUAUUUCAAAUUAUCAACGCAAAGAGAAUCGAUCGAGCAACUCCUUGGCAAAAUUCAAACUAGUGACGACAAACGAAAACAUUCGAAGACUGUUUAUCCAUCGAAUAAUUCAAUGAACAUGGCUGAUCCGAUAAAAAGAAUAUCUGAUAGUCGUACGCAACAAUAUUGGACAUCGAUUUCUUCUUCAAUUUCCAAUACCACAAAUAAACUACGUGUGAACAUUUUCAAUCCUCCAUUACCACCAAGUGUUGUGGAAAAAAUCAUUGCAUAUCUCUUUAAUGAACGAUCAAAUUUAGACAGACAACGAUCGAUCGUUGAUGAAUCUCUCGAUAAUACUGAACGUAUCCGACAACUAAAAUCUGUACCAAAGGAUAGCUUUGUCUAUCGAUUAGUGGUCUGCCUUGCUAGUAUAUGUAGUUUACCAUCCUAUAAUCACCUUCGUUCCAUUGCUCACAUAUGGCAUGAUGUUAUACAAGAACUUCGUACACAUUGGGAAACAGGAACAUAUAUUCCCGGACUUGAAUCGGGUUCUCCGAAUUUAUCCUAUUCGAAAUUUUAUCAUAAUUUACAAAUGUUAAAUUGUUGCAUUGAGCAUCGUUUGCGUCAUCAAAACGAUACGACCGGUGUUGAUGAUCAAUCAGGCGAACAGGAUGAAGAUGGCGAUGAAUUUUUCGAAUGUUCAUCGGUUCCUGCAUCUUCGAAAGCCAAUACAUCUGAGUUACAACCUGAAGGUCGUUUGAAACCAUGUGGUGACUUGAAACUAUUGAAUAGUAAUGAAAUUCUCUACAUACCGGUAACACAGGAGUGUCCACCAGUAACAGAAGAUAUGCUUGAUGAGCAAACAACAGUGUUGACAAAUUUAGGUUCAAGCGAGGAAGCAACGUUAUUACGUGCAAAAAUGCAAAGUCGAUCGUUACUGUCUGAUAUGGAAAGUUUCAAGGCAGCGAAUCCAUUGGGAACAAUGGAAGAUUUUGUACGAUGGUAUUCUCCACGCGAUUGGGUUGAAACGGAAGAAGUAGACAACGAUGGAAAUAUUCAAAAACGCUAUGCACUUAGUCUACGUAUGCAAUUACCAGACAAUUUAUGGACAGAAGUUUGGCAACAGGCAAGACCGGUUCCAGUUCGCCGCCAAAAACGAUUAUUCGAUGAUGGAAAAGAAGCAGAAAAAAUUCUUCAAAAAUUAUCAUCAUUAACACCGGGUGAGGUACUGGAACAACUAAUUCCUGUUCUCUUACACACCGUUUAUGAUCGAGUCAAUAAAGAAGUGUACGAUAUGGAAGAUGCCAAUGCAUCUGCACUUGUUGAAACUCUUUAUAACAAAUCGCUUCAAGUUGUCAAGGGCAAAGAUGAACGAAAAAUGAAGUUACAACAAGAUUACGUUGAUUAUCUGACAACCAUCGAACAGUACAUUUGUCGAUUUCAAUCAUUUAAACAAAAACUAUUUCCUUCAGAUCUUGACCACCAUGAAAAAGAAAACAUGAUUGAGUUCAUCACUGAAUUGCAUACACGUCCGGAAAUGCCGGUCAAAGAUGCAGCAAGUAGUCGAUUAGGAAAACAACUGGUCUCGAUGUUCACGAUAUCGAAGCCUUCAACAAGCCAAGCCGAUAAUAGUAAUACACCUGAAGUGAAAAAUCAGUUCAUGACACCGGCUGGAAAAGAAUAUAUUCUUCGAGCAUCGCUUGGUCGUCCAUCUCAAUCACGUUCGAGACCAUCGCCACAACGAAUGUAUUGUAUGCUAGCGCAAGAUGAAUUUCGAUUAUGUGGUGCCUUCUCGGAAGAUACAACAUUUUUUUGA